GGCCAAAACAUUGAAUCUUCCUUUCGUUUGAGGAAGAAUACUACGUAGUCAGUGAUACUUACUGAGAUUUAAAAGUGCAGUCAGAACUUUUAUUUAAAGGAAAUACAUAGAAAUAAAAAGAAAGAUGGCACCGAAACAGAGAAUGCGACUUGCUAAUGAAAAACACAGCCAAAAUGUCACAAUGAGAGGAAAUGUACCAAAAACUAUGAAUCCAAAGGAUGAAAAAUAUGCUGUUGGACCUGUUUUACUUGGACUUUUUCUUUUUGUUGUCUGUGGAUCAGCUGUGUUUCAAAUCAUUCAAAGUAUUCGCUUUGGAUUUUAAUCAAGAAAAUAAGUCGACCAAGAUAAUAUAGUCCUGUGGAGCUAUUUAUGUGGAUUAAAUUUUUAAUUAUUUUAUUUACAAUGUAAUUUAUAUAUCAGUCUGUAAAACUAAGUACAGAUAAUUGUACAGAAAUGUUAUAUUUUAAAAUAGUGCAAAGUUAUGAUGCUUAAUCUGCAGAAGUAGGUCUAAUGGAUGAUUUUGUCUUGUGUCUAUGUUUCGUAACAAUUCUCAUUUUACAAAACAGGUUGAGCUGGAACUCCUCACGUUUUUGUUGACAGGUCUACUUUACAUAUUUUGUAUAUUUCCCAUUUAUUUUGAUGUGGAUUUAAUUGUAGAAAGUUGACGUUAUGUCAAACCUAUUUUGUAAACAUUGCUGUUUUGUGCAAUAAACACGUAUUUUCCUCAAA